GGGAUGGCCGAGAGUCAGUACUCCAGAGAGCUUGGCGAAGGAAUACUGGAUGCUCCUACGCCCGAUGACUCUGGAGUUCGCCCGCCUUCUCGGUCCGCCGCAGUGAAGCGGGUCAUCGAAGCGUGGGAGCCUGACGAGUUCGCAGAGCUUGUCGAUCAAAUGCGCCCGAUCGAGUUCGAGCCAGAGGUGCUGCCCGAGGAGGAGACCCUGCGCGAGGCGAACGACAAGGUGAAGGACGAGGUGGAGAACUUGAUUUCUUCCUGGACGGUUCAACCGAGUCAAGUGAUGAAGUCUGCCAUGUACGUCGUGGCGAUGUACGUGAAGGAGGAUCACGUCUGGAGUGCUUCCAAUGGCAUAUUGGCCACGCGCGUCAUCGACCUGCUGUGCGGGGAGAGCUUCCGCGCCCACAAGGACGGCGUCUACUUGUACGGCAAUGGAGACUGGGCGUUUGUCGAGGAGAUCAAGUACCCGUACAUCGGGAAGAUCUUGGCGGUCCUCGGCUGCGCGGCGAAAGUCUUUGCAUUCCUCGUCUCCAAGGAGACAAAGCGAGACGUGGCGGCUGUCUUUCAGGAGGUCGGACAGCACCAUGGAGCGAUCUCAGCCAACACCGCUGCGUGCCACGCUGACUUCGGUCGGCCCCGCCAGGAAGACCCGACCGCUUGGUCCAAGGAGGGCGGGCGCGUUACGCUCGACCUCACGCAGCGCUACUCCACCAAAGGCAAGGGCGCUGAGUUCAUAGAGUCACAUGGCCAGUUCUUCCAGAUCCCGAAGCCGACGUCCGAGGGCGCCUUUGUCAACGCGCAGAACGUCACUUUGAAAAUCUCCCGCGAGGGGUCCGCGGAUGAAAGGUUCCGUUCUGUCAAGAAGAGCCCCUCGAACAACUGCUACCUGGGCGUGCCUGUGUCGCUUGACUACAAGCCAUCUUGGCAGCACGAGGAGGAGAUGCGCCUGUUCCUGUGCACUUCCUUCGCUGGGAACCCCGAGGGUCGCAGGAUUGACAUGGCAGCAGAAGCGUUAGUGUGGUACGACGUCCCCGCCCCGCAGAUCGGCCUGAUCAUGACAGGCGACGGCGGCAACGCCGAAUCUGCCAAGGCUGCCCUGCGGGCGAACGUGCUGGGGGAGCACCACCACUUCGUCUCGAGCGACGUGCUGCACGUCCCAGAGGAAUUCCGAAAACAAGGGAAGCAUUUCGCGCGUGCCCGAGCUGCAACGGUGCAGGAGAAUCAGGGCGGCGUGCCGUGGAUCGAGGACGUGGUGAAGCGCUGGCUCAGUGGUGAGUGCGUUGCCUGCCGAGCCCUCUUCGGGAAAAGUACUGACCUGUUCAGCUGGCCCCGCUGCGUGAAGUACUUCGAGUGGAACCGCGCCUACCCGUCCAUUCGAGGCGAUUGGCGCAACAUGCAUUCGCUGCGGUCCUUCUGGCGCCGCCUUGCCGUCAUCGAGCUCGGCGCCGUGAACGUCGAUGGCAAGGUUUUCCACGAGAAGGACUUGACCGCGUUCCUGGAAAGCCCAGAAGCCCGUCUCGUCAACAUCCGUUCCUACCUCAUCCCCUUCAUGCAGAAGUACAACGCUGAGGAGUGCCGCCAGAUCCUCAAGAACCCUUCCGCUGAAGUAGUGGAGGCGACUCAGCGCGUCGUGGCCCAAAUGGCGAACGGCGGGUUGGAGCCCCCGAAGGAGUGGAUGGGCGCUCGCGGUCGCCAGCGUGUUGCGCAUGAGGCUAAGGCGCUGCUGAUGGAGGUUCACGCGUGGCUAAGUGACGAUUGCCUCAGCAUCAACAUGUACGACCUCGCGAAGAAGAAAGACAAUCCGAUCCCUGGCACCAUCACGGGGGAGAGGAGCGGCAAGUCGCGGCAGCAUCACUUCGAAAACGCAGUCAAUGAUUACCCCUACAUCUUCCGCACCGACGGGAGCAACGUGCUCAAGCUGAACGUCGAGCUGAACUUUCUCGAGGCCCUCCUCGGCGCAGCUGGCCGCGACUCGCUCGCGGGGGGCCUGGAAGGGCGGGGUGUGUAUUGGGACCUGCGCUCGCAGCUCCGCGACUUCAGCCCAGGCGAAGAGCAUCGCCUGAACUCGGAGGUGCUGGUCGCCUCUGAGGUUGCUCGCAGCCUGACAGAGACAAUUAACAUCGUGGACUUGGAGAACGAAGUUGGCAACAAGGAGGGCAAUGAGUUCGAUUGCGCCAGGCGCUGCAUCGCGCGCCACCGCGAGAACGGCAUUCGGAAGAGUGAUUUCUCAAGCCUCACCGUCACUUACUACAGGAAGUACGACAUGCAGGGGAGGGAGUACGCGCACGGCCCGAGCGCACAGGGCCUCAAGACGGCACUCAAGAAGCACGCGUUCCGCUCACAGCGUGACAUCGACGCUUCGUACGGUGACGUCUUCGAGAACUACGACAUUGAUUGUGUCAACGCGUUCAUGCAGUUUCUGUGGAACGAGCUCAGCGACGUUGUGGGCGGCGGCACUGAGAUCGAGUACGAGAUGUUUACUGCGUAUGUUCGUAACCCGCGUGGCUUCCGCAGUUUGCUGGCAAGCUACUUGGACAUCACUGUCAAGGAGGCCAAGAAGCAGCUCAUCAGCAACCUCCACUGUGGCGAGCCGAUGGCUGAGCUGCCAUUACUGUGGUCGCUCGCAGUCGAGCUUCGCACAGCGACCCGAGUGAUCCUGGAGAAGCCGCGGUUCCAUCACCUGAACUCGAAGUUCGCUGAUCGGCGCUUCCCCAUGGCGACUCGCCUGCAUUGUGCCCUGAGCGCCAUCGAGGACGAGCUCAUCAUGAACGUCCACCAGGCAUUGACCCGCGAGUUCGGCGAGGGUGUCCAGGUUCUCGUUUACAUGUUCGACGGUUUGAUCGUUCGCUUCGGCUCGCUGGGCAACGAUGGCAAGCUGCGCGACGUGCUGACCGAAGUCGGCGAGAAGGCCAACGUCAGCUUCACGUGUGAGAAGUUCUGA